AUGGAAAGAAUGAGGUUUAAUGAAAAAUGGCGAGGUUGGAUUUCUGAAUGUUUACGGACAACUUCGAUAUCAAUAUUGGUAAAUGGGAGUCCUACAAAAACAUUUCAGAUGGAAAGAGGUUUGAGGCAAGGGGAUCCUCUAUCUCCUUUCCUCUUUUUGCUGGCAACAGAAGGAUUUCAUGUGAUGAUGGUUAAAAGCAUACAACUGAAGCUCUUUGACGAGUACAAGGUUGGAAAAGAUGAGGUGAAGGUGUCGCACAUCCAAUACGCCGAUGAUACUAUAAUUGUGGGAAAAAAGAGUUGGAAGAACAUUUGGGCGAUCAAAGCAAACCUCCAACUUUUUGAGCUGAUUUCUAGGCUUAAAGUGAAUUUCCAUAAGAGCUCAUUGAUUAGAGUAUAUAUUCAUCGUGCGUGGUUGGAAGAAGCCGAUGAGAGAUGGAGAUUUUUAAAUGAGAAGAGUUCGCUGUGGGUUAGAAUCUUAGAGUCUAAGUAUGGGGGGUUUGGUCAAGAAGCGGGUAGGGUAGACAGACUAAAGUCGUUAUGGUGGAGAGAUCUUCAAUCCGUUGAUAUUGGGGAGGACGGUUUCAAAGGUCAGUGGUUUGAGGAAAAUGUCGCUAUUGGAGAUGGAGCGCAUACAAGGUUUUUGGGUGAUCCUUGGGUUGAAGUGAGAAUUUUGAAGAAAGUAUAUCCGGAGUUGUAUAGGUUAGCUCUAGACAAAAAAGUUUCAGUUAGAGAAUUGUUUAGGAGGGAGGGAGAGGAGUGUGUGUGGAUAGAUUGA